AAAUCCGAUUAUCCGAAGAAAUAAAUUUGCGCUGUUCCUGUUUCUGUCUCUCUUUCUCGGGCCCAAAGCAGCAACGUUUCGCUCGAAGCUAACCUCAGCGGACAAGAAGAAGGAGGAGGAGGAGGAGGAGAAGAGCAACAAAAAUGGACGAUUACACCAGAGAAAUGAUGGACCUCAAAACCCUCGUCACUCGAACCCUAGAAAAGAAGGGCGUCCUCGCUAAGAUCCGGGCUGAACUUAGAGCCAGUGUAUUUGAGGCGAUUGAGGGGGAGGAUAGGGUGAUUGAAAAGGAUGAAGGCUUGCCUCCUGCUCUAUUGGGUAGCUGCAAUGAUCGUGCUAAACAACUCCACCAUUCACCUUCAGGAAGGCUACUAACUGCACUGAUAUGUGAAUAUUUGGACUGGGCUCAGCUAAACCAUACAUCUAAAGUUUAUUUGCCAGAGUGCAAUUUGCAAAAGGAUUUCUGGAAAUCUGAGUUAAAAGAAUUUAGUAGCAAGAAUGGGUAUGAUAUUAAUAGGAAUGGUGACAGUGGUCCACUGCUUUUGGACGUCCUUGAAGGAUUCUUGAAGUAUGAGAAUUUAUCUCAAGCAAGGGGUGGUGGAAGGAGAUUAACCACAGCGGAUGGUGAAUCGUUAGAAGCACGGAACGUUAGGAGGCCUUCAUCAGUUGCAGCAGGGGGCCUACCUCCGUUGGGAAGGCAAGUUCCUGCCUCUCAAGCAUCUGAUAGAAGAGCAGGAUCGUCAAUGUCGGGAUACAGGAAAGAUGAAUACAACUGGAGAUAUGACAGCGAUGAGGAUGCAGAAGACGUUGUCCGUGCUUCAGCUGCCUUAGAAAACCUUCAACUGGAUAGAAAAGCUCGGAACCUUACCACUUCUUGGCGGCAUGCGGGGGACUCUGAUGCCGAUGGCAGGAUAGAGUAGAUGCAGCUAAAAAUCGUCGUAUAAUUGCUUUGAGCUCAUCUUUCAUCCAUUCCUAUAUUAUGUAUGUGCAUUCAUGUUAUGUGUGAUUAAAAUCUAUUAUGGCUGGCCUUUCAUUUUUUAUUUUUCCUUUUUUCAUUUUUUUUUUUUUUUUUUUUCUGUAUGGACUUUUUCUUCCCAAGUAUUACUACUUGUUGAGUUACAUCAUUUCCCUCAGCUUCUAUUGCUUCC